CGGUGACGACGACGACGACGAGGAGAUGGAGGCGUAGGUGUAGGUGGGAGAAGAGAGAAGUAGAGGCGAUGCCUUCGGGACUGUUGGAGAAGCUGCUCCGGCGGGGCUGCGCGCCGGGCCCCGAGGAGGCGGGGGCAGCCGGCGCAGAGCCGGGGCAGCCGUGCCCGGGGUGGUGCACGGGCGACGAUGACCUCCGCCUCGUUGUCUUCCGCGACUGCGAGCGCCGUGGGCGACAGCUCCUCUUCGACUCCAAGACUGUGCGCAAGCUUCCGAGAACCAGCCCGGAGUGUGGCGUGAAACAGGCGUGCGUGUUUGGGAGGUUCUGUUAUCUCGGCAGUGCCACUUCCGCUCCGCAGCCCGGCGCCAGUCUCCACGAGGAGGAGGGCCCACGGUACCAGACGCUGCGACAGUGCACCGACGUGAAGAUGCUGUGCGAGAUGAUGUUUGGGUCCGUGGCAGUCAGCCUCAAGACGUCCACGCUGAAAAUCCACCACAUCAGGUGCCCACCCCAGCUGCUGCUCAGCAGGGUGUACAGGGUGCGCACUUGCAGCGGAACCAGCACUGCCACCAGCACGCUCAAUGAAACUUUCAAUUGCUCAAACCCGAUUUUCAGUGAAGCCAAGCCCUGCACUGACCAAACGCCCGAGUGUGGAAGCCAAAGGGUCUCCAGCGCUCCCAUGGAGAUGCCUCUGAAGACCGUGGUUGGUGCACGACAUGGAGGCCGCAUGCAGCCCGGCUCCGUCGGCAGCAUGUUCUCCAUGCCAGGCGCCUCGCUGGGCUCGCUAAGUUCACUGGGCAUGAGCCCCGGCACCGGCACCUGGCACCGCAGCCUGCAUGCUAGCGGCACCACCUCUCAGCUGUCGAGGAGGGUGGAGGACGACGACUUCCGCCUGCUGUCGGACACGGGACAGCCCAGCCCGUCGAGCCUGCGCCGCAUGCGGCUGGCGCUCGGCGUGGUGGUGGCGCUGCCCGUCGGCCACGAGGCCGCCCUGCAGAACUUCCUCUUCACGCACUUCCUGCUGCUCGAGGGACGCAUGCGACGCCUGAAGGCGGCCGUGGAGAAGGCUAUGAUCGCCUGCCGAGGGAUUGAAGACUGUGAGCGGAGGCUGCAGGCCUACAUCGGCAUGCUGGUGGAGGCCCUCGCUGUCUUCCGGAGGGGCGUACGGGACCUGUACUCCCAGCCGCGCCUGCAGCAGCCAGUGUGGCUCACCCUGUCGCAGGAGUGGAGUGACCGCCAAGCCGUGUGCCACAGGUUCAUGUCGGAGCUCUCGGCCCUCGCCAGCGACUCCGGCAGACUCAGGUUUAUUCAGGCCCUGCUGACGGCCGUGCUGACUCACCACGUGGGUUGGGUGGCCACGCUGACCCCCGGCGGUCACCCCCUUGCCCGCACCGCCCAAGCCUUGUCUUGGUCUGCCACCACGGUGCCGCCGCACAACCUCAACCCUAUCCAGGCCCAGCUGUGCUCGCUGCAGGGCUGCGUGGGCGACACGCCGUGGCUCGCGCGCACCGUGGUGCUGGGCCGCGACCGCGCGGCCGUCGCUCGCGUCCUGCGCGUGCUCAGCCACUUCAUCCGCUGCCCCCCGCUGCAGGAGCGGGACACCGAGGGGCCCCAGGGCCCCACAGAGCAUCCCGAUGCGGUGGAGAUGCCGGAGGCCGAAGGGGCGGGCUACAGACUCUUCACGUCCCUCGUGAGUGGGGAGGUGGAGAUGUCAGACUACGUGGUGGUGAGCGUGGUGAAGAGCGGCGAAUCGCAGGAGCAGAGCGACGUGACGCAGCCCAGCGAGCUCCCUACGCAGAGCGGGAUCCAGCUCCGCGGCACGGCUGGGGACAAACCAGCGCACGCAUCCACCGCCGGUGGCCUGCUUUCCUACUUGGCUACGUCAGCCUUCGCCUUGCGGUGCAAAGUGAAUGCGAAGGGCGGCGGAGCAGACCGAGCGGGAGAGGGUCGUAUCGGCAGCGAGACACCCGCUCCGUGUGCGGUGAAGCCGGAAGUGCAGCUGCUACCGAUGAAGGAAAGUGUUGCAGCUCUCGGAAGGGCGGCUGUAGCACGGCAAAGCCGCGUGCCAGGCAUGUCCAAAAUAAAACGUUUGUCUCCUGUGGGGGAGCUCAGCCCUGAGAGGAAAGGUACUAUUGGGGGCGCAGACGUGAGCUUUAAUGAGGAAGUUUUAACGUCCGAUUGUCACAAGAUUGGCCCUUCCGAAGCCGCCCACGAACCCGAGCCGCUUUCCUCCUCUGAUGCGACUGACCACGAACUCGUCUCCAGUUGCAAAACACAGGAAGACUCUGCCGAUCUGGGUAAAGACCUGGGUGGGCAACUGGCAGCCCAGGACGAUUCACAAACACCGGGGCCAGCGAUGGACAUGAGGAGCAGCGCUCCGGACGCGAGACAACCAUGCCAUGCGGACACCGGCGUUGAUGUUGCAGCCAGGACCGGUGACGGUGGACACGGCAGUGUGACGGAGCGUGCUGGUGCUUCAUCGGCAGAGACCAAGUCGCCACUGCACAGGGCCUUCCCUGCGAGCGACUGUGAAAUCCCUCUGCCUCGGUGUGAGAUGCGGCAGGUGUGGCACAGGGCCGGGCCGGGCCUGGCUCCCUCUCUGCUGGGCGGCUGCUGCUCGCGCUUCGUGCCGGAGUUCGUGCUGCAGGGCCUGAGCUGCCCGCGCGACGCGGCCGUCGAGCAGAUCCGCCGCGGCCUGCAGCAAGCCCUCUCCGCUUGCGCACCAGACCGGCCGCUACAGCGGACGCUGUGCCUGCUCGCCGACCUGGACCAGCGCACCGUGCGGCUCCUCGCCGCGCAGCCCCUCUUCCCCCCUCAAGACGAGGCCUCCACGGCCGGGCCGCCCUCCGUGGCCGGCCAGGAGGGGCGGCCGCUGCCGUCGCCGACGUCUUUGCCACGCGUGCAGAAAGAGCGGCGCCUGGUGGAGAGCGACGACGUGCGGCCGUCCGGCCUCGUGCGCGACCUCCUCCACUCGACGUUGCAGCUGUGGAAGAUGCGGCUCUCCGCGGACUUUUGCAUGAUGCACCUGGAGGACCGGCUGCGGGAGCUGUGCCGUCGGAGUGAGGCCCUGGCCCUCUGCGCCAGCCCGGACACCCCCGGCCUGGAAGCCAUCACUGCUGCUCUCGGGGGCGACUCGAGUGACGUGGGACUGCUGGCAGCCGUGGCGACGGCCCUCCCCGAGCCUCCGUUCCUCACGUGACUCCUGGGCAACCCUGCUGCCCGGCCACGUGCUCUCGCUUGCACUACAGCGUCCCAGGUGCAGCGACCCGGUGCUGGCUGCUUGCCACUUCUGGUCCGGAUCGCAGCCUGGUUAAGGCUUUGACGAAUUCUCGUUACAUUCCGAAAACGUUAACGUAUGGUACCUUUUGUCUUGGGUGUUUGUGCCGUGGUGAGUCUUAAUCUCGGUUGUCGCCACAUGGUUCGUGCUGCUUCGAACAGGCAGUCGUGUCGUCCAGAAACCGCUCUUUGGACAAAGAAGUGUUAACCCGAUUGAUAUGAAACCCAAAGUAACGCAUUACAGCUCCGAGCAUUAGCACGAGGGUUGAGGUUUCCAGAUGCAGUAUCUAAUGAGCUGCCUAAUGUUAUUGUUUCGCUUGUUCACUUGUUUGCUGCAAGGAGGCAUCCCCUUCAGCAGUGAGGAUCAACGCCAAGUCACUUUCAGUCUCUUUGGAGCAAUACCGCCUUGAGCAACGCCUCCACUUAAAAUAUCCGAACGUAUGCCGCGAAGCCUUCACAGGGCGAAAUCCCGCUGUCUGAUCUGAUGCAUUUUGUAGCUCCUAAACUUCUGGUUCGUAGACGCUCUGCAAUUUCACAAAUGUCGGCCGUCGAAAUGUUCUGUUUUUAGUUUUAAUCUUAAUGUUAGAAACCCCCCCCCCCCCCCCCCCCCCACCAUACACUGCACCGUGACUCGUGCGUAGGAGUUGAAGCGCCGUUUUUUUACUGCAGCGAGCGGUGGGCUCUCCUCAGAACCCCUUAUGGGUGAGUGCCCCGCGACUUGGGAGCUCGCUGUCAAACCCCCGCACCCACGCGUCCCCUGCUCUGCCAAGCCACGAUGCCCUUGGCCGCUUUCGGCCUUUUUCGUGUUGCUCCGCUCACUACCUUCGAUUUUUUUUUUGUCUGACGAAGGGGCUGGGAGGAACUGCUGGCUGGGAGGAACUGUUUUUGGCCAAGCGUAGAAAUACCCUGCAGCUCCCGUGUGGAGCCCAUUCCAUUCCGCAGUUCAGUUAACGACCCCCGCCUAGGCCUCCGCCCCCGUGACUCUGAUGCCGCUAUCGGUUUCAUGCCCAAUCACCACGGGCGCGUCGUCACUCGCUCGCGGUAGAGACGAUUCCAUCCAACCUCGGUGAGACCAUCGUAGCGAAUACUGCAUCCAUAGUUGUGCACAAGGUUCAAAAAGCAUACAGACAUUUUAAAGAAUCUUCUACAAACUCCACAAUUCAACCUUGUUUUUUAAGCUUGAUAGACUUCAAUUCUAACUGUGUGAGAGUCCACCGAGACGACAAAUUCUCUGGAGAACUCUUAUUCCUAAACCAUGGAAUGCCGAACAAAGUCAAGAAAUAUUUUUAAAAUCUUAAUUCCCCACCCCGAGGUUGUAUUAUAAUGCUGUGCAAAUGCGAGGAAUGUUCUCCAAUGUGAAUGCAAUACCUCUGCAAGUAACUCAUCACUCCUCCUUCCCCAAAUAAACCGCUUGGGGUUUGGUAGGAUUUACUGUGGAAAUUAAAACGCCGCUCGCCCGGCCGUAGCAGCAGCCGUAGCAGCAGCAGCAGCGCAUGACUGGGCCCAGUCGCGGGGGGCUUAUUCGUGCAUUGUCUUGACAGCGACAGCCUUGGUUUACGCUCUCGUGCGUGUGUGUUGGCGCCACGGAUUUGCUUUUUCAGUAAAGACUUAAAUAAGAAAUAACUUGUCAACUCUGCAUCAAAACACUACAUCCUGCCAAAAGAUAAAUAAUUAAACAUUCAUUCUUACUUUGGACGUUCGCUGACUUGCCACAGCCAAGGGAACGCAUUCCAAUGCCGCCGCGCGUGUGUGUCAAAUUGCACCUCUGCGCAGCCGUCGAUCAUUGCAGGUUUUUGUGCCUCGGGCCAGUGGGGAACUCUUGCCACUUCUUUGUAGAGCUGCCCGUGAGGAUUUCCACAGACUCUUUGGUGUUUAUUAGAGUCCCCCGUCAGGUUACCUGUAUACCCACGUGGCGUAUUGACAAGAACGAGCUGUCGAGUUCCAGCCUCGUGUAAUGGCCCUGCGUGUUCCCAAGGCUUCCCUUGGAAGGCGACAUUGCCUCUGAACGCUCCUUGCCGGCUGCCGUUGUGCGCGCUCGCUCUGCGGGUGGAGAAGUCUCGCGGCUACGUUCAGGCACAAAGGAAACAUGGGGCUCCUGGAGUCUCCAAUUGAAAUAUUCUUUGUUUUAUAGCCUCGGGAAUUCUCGGAACUGAUCGUAUAACAAGCUCUGCUUCGCUUAUCCUUCGACUAUCAUGAUCUAAUUGAGAAGAGAAAUACCACAUUUCUAUGGUUUCUUCAAAGCUUGUCUUUGAUCUAACUUCCAGCAAUAAAAAAACUGGCGGUACUGAGAGCUUUGCUCCACUCGGCUGAUGCAGAAUUAACCUCCGCUGCAACAAAGCCACGGCUGGCGACGGCAACAUGACGUCGUCUGGGAAUGUGAACGAUCGCGCCUUUGCUCGCGCGCUCGUUUGUGUCGUUUGGUUAACAGCGCUUGGCCCAGACGCUGAGGGGCACAACCUUCGCAAGGGUAAAUCGACAACAUUUGGCUGCCCAACCCUUUUCGUAUUUUUCACCCCUGUUUUCUGGACCACUAGAAAAUGAGCCGACUCUGGUGUCGUGGAUGAGCGAGCCCAGCCAGGCUUCCUUCCCUCUGGCCCUGAUUGGGCCAUCCUGGGCUUGCCUGCAGGGCGCCACUUGCGCCCUUCGAUUUUAAAUUUAAGGGCCGCGUGUUUCUUGUGCAGAUGUAACAACACAGUGCGCGAUGUUGCAUUGGUGAUCACGAUCGUCCAUUGGUUCAGAAAAUGGCCAUGACCGAUUUAAUUGCAUGAACAUUUACGUGGUCAACGAGUACCACAGCUCCACCGUCUUCUCGUUUUGCAUUGCCUUUGACGGGCGACCUGUCAGAGUUUCAGUUGUCGGCGAUUUAGCCAUCCAAUGGGUUCGUUCACCCGAACAUCUCCAUCUGAUACGUGAACACGGUCAUCGCCAAGGGUUCUGGUGGCAGCAAUAUCCGCCGCCUCUGUUUGGCGAGGCCGGUUUGUGGUAACAACCUGUGCAGAAUUACAUUUGCCAGGAAGCGCUUGACGCCUGGGGCAGUCAUCGCAGUGUUGUUUAUCUGCGUUGCCAGCCGUUGGGUUAUCUCCCUCCCUUUGUUUACGUGACUUAUUUUUGUUUACAUUGUUUGCUGCUAUGUUAUGAACCAACGUUGCCAUAUGACUUUACCGUAAGAACCAAGAAGAUGAAUCCCUGCAGUCACGAAAGCUUUAAAUCGAAAUUUAACGUUGCCAUAGUUCUCCACGGUGUCUUAAACUGCAAGCCUAAUGAUUUCAAAGCAAGCUCGGGGUUUACACAAUUUCGAAAUUAAUUCUUGAGCCUAAAAAUUACCACGUUUUAUAUUUAUUUAAUAAAAAUGUCCCUGUCACUUUCAUCUAUAAGUAGCUCACAGGGAUGUGUGUGGAGGGAGGGCUUUGAUUGUGGGGGGGGCGGGGGGGAACGACCUUCACGACGGUCCUGGACGAGCUCCCGCCGCCCGGCACCGUCGCCUCCUACCAAAGGCCACAGUAGCAGCGCCACAGCCACCCAGACGCUGCAGAGACGUCAGCUCUGCUGCCCACCUUGCAUGGUUCCCUCCGAGGGUGGAGGACCGUCCCGCUGCGGUCGACGGUUCAACGGAGGGGGGGGGGGGCAGCAGGCCACUGCACGCUGGUUUACGUCGUGUUACAAUGGAGCAAAGCGUGCAGAUUCGACUUCGUUGUUUUGAAGGACAAUGACUGAUUUGAACACUAACAUUCGUCAACUAAAAGCCCAAUUUUAAUGUUUUACCUUUUAUACUAAAAGUACAAUAUUUCAGAUCUAUAUGCUCCGUCAGAAAUAAGGGUGAACAAAUGCGUGAUAUUACCUUGUUUUUGUAAUGGACACAAUUGUACAGCAUUAACGAAAGUUUCACAUUCGGUGUGCAUGAAGGAGUGAUGGUUCAGCAGUUCACUCGCUGCGUUUAGCAUCGUGGCCUCCUGGGUGCAACUCUUGGCCAGGAUGCACAUCACCAGUUGUGAAUGAAUUCUGACCGUAGCCUGAACCAGUGAUGUACUCCUCAUUUGGAGCAUUGAGGAGGCGCUCCCCCCCCCCCCCCCCGGUUUACAGCCCUGAACCAUUGGUGGAAAUUCCACAUUCCUAUGGCAGGGAGCGAGUCUGCACAUAGGACAAGCACCGUUGACUUCCUCGCAGAGUGGUACUCGUGUUAUCGACCCCAGAGAGAUGAUGGGCCCAGCCGCUCGCUCUGCCGCUGAGCCGCUAUGGAUCAGCUCCGUCCAAAACAAGUGCCGAUAGUGAACCUAAGUUGGUGAUCGUUAGCACUGGGAAGACGAAGGAAGGAUGGUGUUCGCCAUUUCGCUGCCUCGUGCCCUAUACCGUCUUCAGUGGAUGCUCUCUAAUGGCACUGGCGCGCGCUGUAAACGUUAAACCGUGGCGGUGAUCAUCUUGUGUGCACAUUGUGCUGUGUCCAUGAAUGUAGAACACCAAACGGACACGCAACAAAUGGAGAGCGUUCUUUGCAGUGCCUGAAUUUAAGACGUAAAUAGCCCCUCCCUCCCUUUGCGAAAAUUAAUGCGCCGGUUUCAACAAUUGUUAGGCCCUGGGGCGCUAUCCUGUCGAGCUGUGUGUGUGGUGGCAACCGAGAGUUGUGGCGUUUGAAGUUGUUUCCUCACGUCUGCAAUAUUACAUACCUUGAAUGGGUGCUGCUGAAGUUUGCGGUUAUACCCCAAAUGCCCUGGGCCUGUAUUUUUUAUUAUUAAUUUAAUCACGAACGAGUCUUAUCCAAUGCGGUGCUCGUGUUUUGUGAUUUUUGCUGGUAAAUUAUACUUUGAUUUAAUAAUUGCUGUGUGCCAAAUUGCACUUAACUGUCUCGAAUAAGCCACUCUCCCUCCUGUGGUCCAGUUGGGUGUAUUUUUAGGAGCCAGAACAACAGCUUUGGACGUUUUUUUAAGUAGACUUGCAGUAUUUUCACCUCAGUUGGAGCAGUGCAGUUGAACAGAGUAAUUUCGCAGUUGGUACAAUUUACGUUCCAAAAAAUAUAGAUUGUAAAAGGGAAACCGACUGAUGCAAAUGCAUUAAAUACGCGAGUGCUUUUAGUGCCAAGUGCAUCUAUAGUCAUCUCUGUGAAGUGAUUUUCUGUCCGUAACAAUCAGCCGACCCAAAGUGCUGUCGUUUUUAAAAUAAUAUGUGCAAUCCACAUGCCGCGUGAAUUGAUUAACUAUAAAGCCUUGGAUUUCUCUCGCAUUUUCUGUCUGCAGUUCGCUGUGAAAGCACACUCUUGUAUGGUUACUCUUUAUAUUUAAAACUGACCUAUCUGUAACUAAAGCAUGGUGCUUUAUAAUGAAAUCCUACCAUUUAAACGGUUUGUACGGCAAAUGUUUUGUCGCAAUUCCAGGCUCGUAAUUCCCCAGAGACGUUGGGCAGCCACUCGUUUUGAAGUCGUGUUUCGUGAAAUCUGUCAAGGCUCUGGCGUCUGCAUGCGAAAAGUAUCCCCCCCCCCCCCCCCCCAAAAACGGGCAGAAAUAUUGUCUCUACGAUUAACACCAGCGAAGGGAAAAUAAAUCUCAUUUGAAAAUGGUGAGGGGGGGGCAAAUGUGCGUCGUUACUACGGUGUCGAGGUUUCGGGGAGUAAUAGUUCAUGCGGUAACAAUGCAGACGUGGGAGAUCCGAGGUGGGUAAGGGUGCGACGCGCAUAAUAACAUUCAUGAACAUAAUUGCAGUUUCAUAGCGUGCAAUGGGGGAAUGGGCAGGGGUGAAGGGGACCUCUUCCCCGGGGAGAGAGGGGGGGGGGGGUCCCACAAGAACCGCUCCCAAACCUCGCAGGGAGAGCGCCGGCUAUGGCCGGGUUGGGUCGGGAGGGCCCAGCAGGGCGAGGUGCCUCUUGCACGGCGGACGAGGCCACACUCGCGCGGUUCGCUUACAGCGGUUUUCUAGCAACCGCAAUGCCGGAUGUGAGUAUCGUGAAUUGUUGUUUUUUAAUACUGUGUUUUUUGGAAUAAAGUACAACGGUUUACAUGG